GGGCGCGGGCCCGAGGCGGCGGUGGCGGCCGCAGCCAUGUCCCGUCGGGGCCCCGCGCAGGUGUCGGGCAGCCUCCGGCAGAAGGCAGUGCCAGACAUGGCCCCAUCGGCGCUGCAGGAGCUGCGGAGCCGCACGGAGUGUGCAGAGCGGCGGCUCCUGGCCUGUGAGAACCUGGUCGGGGAGCUGGGCAGCAGCCUGGCCGCCCUGGGCACCCUCCUGCAGGGCUACGGGCAGCUCCAGCAGCGCCUGCUCAACCUGGAGAACCUCCUCAAGAACAGAAACUUCUGGAUCCUGCGUCUGCCCCCURACUCCCGGGGGGAGAUCCCCAAGGUGCCGCUCACCUUCGAUGAUAUCUCUGUGUAUUUCAACGAGCUGGAGUGGAAGAGGCUGGAGCGCUGGCAGAAGGAUCUGUACAGGGCUGUGAUGAGGAGCAACUACGAGACUUUGGUGUCCCUGGACUACGCCGUAUCCAAGCCUGACAUCCUCUCCCAGAUCGAGAAGGAUGAGGAUCUCAGUGACAAAGAGGGUCAGCAAUCCCCAUGGACACAGACUGGGGACAGUCAGGAGUGCCCCCAGGCACCUGAAGAGAUGGAUGAGAUAGAUGAGGCUUCAGGAGAUGAAAUCCCCGUGGAAACUGUGCCAGAUGGUGCCGCAUCCGAGCCCGAUGGCUGGUCCCAGAUCAAGAGGGAUAAAGACCUCAGCAUGACCCCCAGAAAUGGUCUGGAGCCCCCACAGACACAGACUGGGAACAGACAGAAAACCCCAGGGAUACAGACUGGGGACAGCCAGGAGUCCCCACAGACACAGACUGGGAACAGCCCAAAGCUCCCGCGGACACGGAGUGGGARCAGCCCAAAGUGGCCACAGACACAGAUUGGGAACAGCCAGGAACCCUCAUGGACACGGAGUGGGAACAGCCUGAAGUCCCCAUGGACACAGACUGGAGACAGCCAGAACCCCCCACAGACACAGUCUGGGAACAGCCCAAAGUCCAUACGGACACGGCAUGGGAACAGCCCGAAAUCGCCACAGACACAGACUGGGGACAGCCCAAAGUCCUUACGGACACAGAACAGGGACAGCCAGAACCCCCCACAGACACAGUCUGGGAAUUGCCCAAAGUCCCCACAGACACAGUCUGGGAAUAGCCCAAAGUCCCCACGGACACAGACUGGGGACAGCCCAAAGUCCUUACGGACACGGCGUGGGAACAGCCCGAAAUCACCACAGACACAGACUGGGGACAGCCCAAAGUCCUUACRGACACAGAACAGGGACAGCCAGAACUCCCCACAGACACAGUCUGGGAAUAGCCCAAAGUCCCCACAGACACAGACUGGGAAUAGCCCAAAGUCCCUAUGGACACGGAGUGGGAACAGCCCAAAGUCCUUAUGGACACACAGUGGGGACAGCCAGAACCCCCUGCAGACAGGUGUCCCCAACAAUCAGAAGCCCACACARACACCAGAAGAGAUAGAACAGCAGGAAGAAGCUUCAGGAGAAGAUCCUGUGCCCAUGGCAGCUGACCCGGGCCUCCCCAUCCUGUUGAUGAAUGUGAUGUCCCUGGGGGACCGUCAGCCAAGGAUGGAGGCAGAGGACAACCCAGAGAUGGAGGAGGACCCUGCAGAGCCUGACACUGAGGAAACCUCAUUCAUGGAAAAUGAAAUGCCAUGUGAAGAUGCUUCUCCUAAGAAUGUCGAGGUGAAGCAAGAGGAGCCUGAGCUGCUGGUAGAGGAUUCCACACCCUCGCUCGGCUUGGAAAGCCAGAAGUGCCCCAAGAAUGAGCUGGUGAAGGCCAAGAGCAAGAAGAAGCCGAACCGGUGUGAGGCCAGCAACCUCCUGAUGGGCAACUGCCGGCGCGGGUACGUGCGGGAAUGGUGCCAUCCCUGCACGGAGUGUGGGAAGCGCUUCCGCCUCAAGAUCAACCUCAUCAUCCACCUGCGCAGCCAUGCCAAGGAGGGGCCCUAUGAGUGCCCCGUGUGUGAGAUCGGCUUCAGCGACAGACGGCACCUGGACCUCCACCGCAGCAUCCACAUCAAGGACAGAGCCUUCGGGGCCAAGGUCUGGGGCAACGUCCACCCUGAGCUGCGCAUCCGCCCGCGCAGGGAGCUGUGCGGCAGCACCCAAGGGUUGGGCAGUGGCGGCCAUGCUGGGGGGGCUUGUCUGAGCCAGCCCAAGGAGGAGCCAGACAGAGAGGGCCUGUCUGGCUCCGGGAUCGCACGGCCACCGAAUCCCAGGAUGAAGUGCCCCUACUGCAAGAAGUUCCUGUCCUGCUCUGUGUCACUGCAGCGGCACCUCCGCACCCAUGCACGGGACCGGCCCUACUGCUGCAGCUCCUGCAACAAGUGCUUCACCCGCCAUAGUCACCUCCUGCGCCACCAGAAGAUCCACGAGCGGGCCCUGGCUGCGCUGCAGCAAGAGGGCAACACCCAGCCCACCGCUGCUAUCCCAGCAUCCCUGCAGCACACGACUCCCGAGGCUGAGAAGAACCUUUCCCAAGAGAACGGGAGCCCUGACGCUGCAAAAGCGAGCUCACCCAACGUGCUCCUGCUGGGAGCAACACCACUGGGGCUCCCGGGCAAAGGCUCCCCGCUCCCUGACUGCGUUGGGAAAGCUGUGCAGCCCGUGGUCCAGCUGGGAACGAGGGCAGUGGUUUCAGAGAGAACAGAGAAUUGACCAUGGGACAGAUCCGAACUGUAUGUGUCUCUGGAGAAAGCUGUGAGUUUGUUUGGUUUGUACCUGGUGGGACACCAGGAUUGGGAAUCUGCUGCGUUUUAGGAGCUUCCUGGGUUGUAGAAAGAAUGGGAAGCUUGGAUACCACAACAGAGCAAAUUGCAGGAGCCUCCAAUGAUCCAAAAUGAUUCACCAUUGCACUGACUUGUUCCUGUUGGCUGAUGAUUGAAAUUUUCCCAAGUUGACUUUCCUGGGAGAUGACCAGGUGAAUCCUGGUCAAACAGGAGCAGAGCUCUCUCAUUCCUUGAUGUUGGAAAUGAUCGCGUGCAUUCGGGAACAUGACUGAAGAGGACAGGGAGAAGAGAAUAGAGCUGGCAGCAUUCUCAAGGAGCCCUUUGCUCCAUGGACCAAGCUUCCUGACCAUGACGCCGGAUGAAGAGAAUGUGACAUCUCCAAGCCCCCACCACGUCCUGGCCACACUUGUCACCCCCACCCCAGGGAGGAGAUCAGCCAACCCCCUGCUCCAGUGGGUUGGGAACACUGGAGCUUUGCACCGGAAGAUCCGUAGGAUAAACCAAACCCCAAUAUUCUGUGCUUGCAUAUUCCACGGGUCCUGGCAGGUCUGUCAGGGAGGCCGCAGGCACCCUUGGGCCCAUCCUGCAUGGGUGCAGAGUCAUUUUAGGGAUAUUUGAUGGAUCAGCCAGCCCCAUCCUGCAGCAGCACCUCUGAUCUUGGUGGAUCCACCUGCACGGAGCAGCCCCUUGGCUCUGGAGGAAACUGCUACUCACACAGCCACAGCUUGUCUCCUUUUGCCCAAAAUCCCACUAUAAUGAAUCCUACAGGAAAAUAGUUCUGCAGCUACCUCAGUCAGGGAGAGGGAGACCUGCCCCAAGGCAGCCAGUGGAAGCCAGGCCUGGCACUGCUCCAGUGUCCCCCAGAGCCACCAGAGCUGUGUCCAUGCCCAGAGCCCCACGUGCAUCCCACACGCUGGUUGUGCACAGGCGACACAUCCCGCCUGGAGCCAUCACCGCACGGACCUAACGGAGCAGCUGCUGGGAUUCUUGAAUUUUGUUUUCCAGGGUUUUUUGUUUUCUUUGAGUUGUUUGAUGUAAUUAUUUGACAUCCCAAGGUCCCUGUGCCUCUCCAAGCAGUGAGCACUGGAAACCGGUGAGCUUUUCCCAUCUUUCAUUCCGAGUCACUCCCAAGGUGUGAUGGUGCUGCUAUGGGAGCUGAGGGAACAACUGUGCCACAUCCAGGUGUGAUCCUCAGCCACCUCCUGCUCUAUGGGAUGGACAGCAGCAUCCGAGCUGCUCCCUAGGGAUACAUGACAUCCACUUCUCUGGGCUGGUCUCACAAUUCCUGCCCCUGGGAUUGAAAUGUGGAGCAUUCCUGGACUGCACUAGGAGCCAGGAGGGGUCAGACGGGUCACUCUGUGUCCCCAGCAGGACACAGUGCAGUUGAUGCCUUGUGGUCAUGUGGUGACCGUGGAUCUGGCAGUGAGCCAGCAGCUGGUUAUCCUUGUUAUCCCUGCCCAGGCAGAGAUUCCAAUGCUCCCCAGUUGAUCCCAGGGGCAUGGCUGAGCUGGUAUGCAUGGCUGAGCGUAUUGCCAGUGGGGGGAUCCCCCAGGCCAGCUGAAGGGGCAACGGCCCCAGCUGGGCAUUUCUAAAUUGGUUGUGACUGGGACCAGCGUUUCCUACAGCAUUCCCGAUCCCUUUCUCAGGCUGUGGAAUCAAUAAAGUAUUUGUCUCUAUGGCCGCUUUGUGACC